CUGACGCACAUGCAAACACACACCCAUGGCCGUCCUCUUGCCCCAGCUGCAAUUAUCAACAGAGCGUUUCACUUCUCUAGUUUGAAGGCAGCUCAUUCCAGGACAGAGUGCGACUCAGACGCUACAGAGAUCAUGAUGAGUGUCUUUUCGGAUUACGACCAAGACUAUCAUUAUCAGGACCAUGACAAUAGUUCCAACCACAGUGACUAUGACGACAAGGAUUUUCCAGACUUCCACACAGUCUGCGACAAACAAGAGAUCCGGUCUUUCGCUGGGAUCUUUUUGCCAGUCGUCUACACCCUAGCAUUGAUCCUGGGCCUGGCCGGAAACUCGCUGGUCAUCUUAGUUUACCUUUCCCACAAACGCUUACGGACGCUGACGGAUGUCUUCAUCCUCAACCUGGCCUUUGCAGACCUCCUCCUGCUCCUCACACUGCCCUUCUGGGCUGCGGAUGCAGUGAAUGGCUGGGAGAUUGGCACAACCGCCUGCAAGAUCACUUCAGCUCUCUACACCACUAACUUCAGCUGUAGCAUGCUGCUGCUGGCUUGCAUUAGCAUAGACCGCUAUUGUGCCCUAGCCAGAGGCUCCACCACCGCCAACGCCCCAGCCAGCACCAACGCCCGCAGGCAGAGGUUAAUCAUGUGCCUCAUGGUUUGGGGACUUGCCAUUGUCCUCGGAUUGCCAGAUAUGGUGUUCUACACGGUGAAGAAGCAGCACUCGAGUGGGCGUAACGCCUGCCGGGCAGUUUAUCCACACAGCAUGGCGCGGGCAGCAAAAGGAACUCUGGAAAUUCUGGAAGUGUCUCUGAGCUUUCUUCUGCCUUUCCUGGUGAUGAUGUUCUGUUAUUGCAGGGUUGGAAUGGUGUUGGGUCAAGCCGCAACAGCGGGUGUACGUGGUGGAAGGAGAUGGCGGGCAUUUCGGGUUUUGAUAGCUGUAGUAGGUGUGUUUCUGUUGACCCAGCUCCCCUAUAAUGUUGUAAAGUUAGUCAGAGCCCUGGAUGUGAUCUACAUUUUAGUGACAGAAUGUGAGGUGAGCAAAAACCUGGACCGGGCCAAUCAAAUUACUGAAAGUCUGGCCCUCACACAUUGCUGCCUGAAUCCUGUGCUCUACGUCUUUAUUGGCUCAUCCUUCAAAAUGCACGUUCUGAAGCUUGCCAAGAGCUGGGGGCAGACAGGAAGAGGGUACCGCCAUGGCAAUGAACAGCCCACUGUUGAGAUCUCCCUUAAGUCAGGCACAGAAACUCACACUCACUCUUCGUCGGACAAUGAAGAUACGAGUACGUUCACCAUAUGACACUGCAAUAACUUCACAAUGAGGACUGCCAACUAUAUUCCAGGACAUUAUUUUAAAAAUGAAAGUUUUUUAAGUAACUUUGACAGUAACAGUCAUGUACAAAGUUCAUUAAGUUUGAAGUAUAAUUCAGUUUUGAUGUGAUCGCUAGUGUAUGCGUAUAAAGUUGAACACGCAUUUCUUUUUCUUUGUUAAAAAAAAGUCCCCAUGUUUGUGAGAAAAAGUAUUGAAAUUUUUUUUCCCCCUCCCAUUUCGUAUUUAUUCCCUUUAGGGGUACCAUUUUUUUUUAAUGGAAAUGGCCUAGCCUUAGGUCUCUCUCUGUUUAUGGCUGUGUAGCGAUACGUGCGUGUGUGCAUGUGGAGAAGGGGUACGAUUUCCGAAUAAUAAUCUAAUAAUUCACAGUGAUCUUCGAAUAUUAUUUUUGCUUGAAAUGCCCAUCCCUACUCUCAAAAGUGGUAAUUAAUAUGGGCAUCUAUUACUAUUGCUACUGCCGUCUCCAUUAUUUUUCCAUUAUUUUGGCUGGGCCAAUGUUGACGACUAAGAAAAAAAGGUGCAUGUGUGAGCUAAGCAUCCAGAGUAUGUGUGGUUAGAAAAAUCUGAUGGACAUACAGUAUGCAUGUACUAUGCUGCUGAUGCAAUUUACACCACACACUGUACGCAUACCCUAGCGCAGAGUUUCUCAACUGGUGUGUCGUAGAGUGUACAGCCAAAGAAACGACAUCAACAACAAAAAUAACAAAAACAAAUUCUAAAAGUUUUUUUUUUUUUCCAUGAUGCAAGGCUUUAAUUUUAAAAGACGUGCAUGAAAGCUGUUGACACUGUCAGAUGCAGUUAGGAGUGCCUGAGAAAAACGCGCUGUCUUGAUUCAGUAGGCUAUCUGCGGUCAGAUAAGAUGUUGACAGAAUUAAUGUCAGUGUAAUUAUUCUAUCGUUAUUUUCGUAACUUGUUAUGAAAUAAAGUCUCUCACCUCAGAAAAGCGAACUAUCCUGUCCUGCCAGAUGUUAUACCGUGUUCGUAGGGCGCACUCCUCCAUAGCACGAAUAACGCGCUGAAUAUCACUUCACUAAAGCAUAGAAACUACGAGCAUGCAACACGUGAAAUAAAAGUACAGCACCGAUAAAUCACAUAAUUUGUACUGCGUGUGUUAGCCAAACCAGUUGAGAACCACUGCUCUAGCACCUAUGUAAAAAUCAAAGUACUUUAGCCUUUAGAUUAAUGCAUUAACCAGAAAUAGUGCUGGGCGGUUUUAACAAAAAUUUAUAUCACGGUUUUUUUCUAAAUUAUGCCGGUUUCCCGGUUUAUGACGUUUUUUUCUUUCAUGCAUAAUCAGGUGUACAAUGCAUUUUCUGCUGGUUGAUAUUCCAAGACGUGCUUUUAGCCCGACAGCACUUGCAUAAAAUGGUUGUUUGGUCGACGUCGGAUUUUUGGAAACC